AUGAGCGACUACAUGAGCAAGCCGGUCAAGAAGGACGCGCUCGUGUCGUGCCUGGCCAAGUGGUGCAACGACCCGAGCGCCCUGUGGCGCCUGAUCGCCACCUGCCCCCUCACCAGCGACGACAGCGAUUGCAGCAUCACCAGUAGCAACAGCAACAGCAACAACAACAGCGACGAAGAAGAAGAGGAGGAGGUGAAGGCCACGCUUAUCGGCGGUAGCGGCGAUGUGCCCUUCGAGUGCAGGACCACCGCUUGA